GAAGUACCCUACAAAUUUCUCACCCGUGGGCGUAUUUUCGAUUAUGAGCCUCACAAUAUUGAAAAUUUUGUACGACCAUAUUGCGUUGAAUGUGAUUUAGUAAUAUUUCCCGAGAUUAAAGAGAUAAAACAAUGUCCUGAAUGUCUACGUGAAAACACUUUUAUAUACGACUUUUUAUUAAUGAUUGAAGAUGGACAUGGUUCCGAGCUUCCUACACUAGUCAAUGGGCGUGACGCAGUCAGAUUUCUAAAUGGCAUUCUACCAACUAAAGUUAUGCAAGAGGAGACUUCAAGACAGGCAUUCCUUAACUUGAUUAGAAAGUUGCUAGCAAGUGUUAUAGAUCAUGGUGAAUCCACAGAAUUUUUCGAAUUCUGUGUUGAAUCUUAUUACGCCUCAGAUAGAGAAUAUCGACUUUAUAAACUAAUUAAUACUAUCUUGGAAAUCUAA